AUGUUCUGCCUCCGCGUCCGUUUCCCCCACCACCUCGUGCCCGCAAUCUCCGCUGCGGCGCCCACGCCCGCAAUCUCCACCGCCGCGACCUCGCCCCCCACCCGCGGAAAUCUCGUCCGCGAGAUCGCUCUGCCCACCCACCACCAUUGACGCCCCGUGAUCCCGGACUGGCGGUCGCGCGUGGGGCUGCGGUCCGCCUUUGACCUGCCCAUCGCGGCGGCAUCGCUGCAGAUCGCGCGGGGCGCACUGUGGCCGCGCUGUUGGGGCGCACGACCCGCCGACCCCAACCGCGCGCUGCGGCUCGCGCGCUCCACCAUCCGCCGCGCAGGAGAAGCAUCGAUCCGCGCAGGAGAAGCAUCGAUCCGGCGCCGGCAGCGUCCAUCGAGGUCGUGCCCACGGUGGAGGUGUCGGAGCCCGGCGAGACCUACACCAUCUGCAAGGAGGACCUCCCCCUCGCGGCGGCCGCUAGAAGGCUCCCAUGCCGCCACCUCUACCACUCCCCCUGCAUCGUGCCGUGGCUGGAGCUGCGCAACUCCUGCCCCAUCUGCUGCUGCCGCCUCCCCUCCGACUUCGAGCACGCCGAGCCAGCGGGGGAGUUGGCGAUGCCAACGCCGGUGCAGGAGCAGGACCCGCUGCCCGCUGCUCCCGCUGAUAUGCAGCUCCCUGACUGGGCUGCUGUCAGUGGUGCAGAAGAAGAAGAGACGAUUGUGCUGCCGUCCGUAUGAGCCUGAUUUCUGCAAUCUUUUUCUAGCAUACUACGUCUUGUAUUUUGCUAGCAAAUGAGUCGUGGUUUAAGGCCACGUUUGGUUCAUACCUCUUUUUUAGAAUAUCAUUUUAGAAUUUCAUUAUCAACCAAACGACUCUUGAAUUUGCAUUAGAUUUUGUCCCAGAAUUUGAUCUACACUGGAUUAUGUAUAGUAUUCAAAUUCUUAAAAUCUGUGUGGACACCACCCUAAUUAUCACCGAGCAGAUGCAUGAGAGGAAGGGAACAAUGAAGCGUCAGGCGAUGAUGGGAAAAGAUACUGGGAAUUUGCUUCGGCCAUGGUAUUUUUUGUUAGGAAUGGAAAUGGUGAUGCUUUGGCCAUGGUUGCGACCAGGGUUUACAAUUCCGGGAUUUUUUUACCACUCCCCAUAAAGCAAGAAACUUCAGAUCGAUCUGAAAUGCGUGACAAGACCUUUUGAAUCAUUUUUGUGUGGAUUAGGGAGCAAAAUUAGACUGAAAUUUUUGUGAUGGUCACCGAAUCCCAGGCAGGCAUGGAGUGCGAGCCAGAGGAGCUCCAUUGGGCGGCGUCGACAUCGUGGAGGGGGAGCAGCCGGGGCUGACCAGAGAAUCCCAUUUAUGUAGGGGUGCAUGAUCUAUUUAGUCCUUGCUCUCGGGUGGGAGGCUGCUUCAAUUUUCAGAAAAGGGGUUAUAAAGAACAUGAGGCGCAACAUUGUAGAUGGAAACAGUUUUGCAUUUCUUUGUGACAACAUAGAUGAGCUUGAGCACUCUGUUCAGGAGAAUUUACCUAGAGUCUCUGUAGUCAUGCCUUUGAAGGGCUUUGGCAAACAUAAUUUGCAAAAUUGGCGAACUCAGAUUACAUCACUUUAUGGUGGGCCACUGGAAUUCUUGUUUAUCGUCGAGAGCAAAUAUGAUCCUGCUUAUCAUGUUGUUUCCCGUUUGAUCACAGAGUACAAGGACAAUCUGGAGGCGAAGGUGGUCGUUGCUGGGUUGUCAACAACCUGUAGCCAGAAAAUUCACAAUCAAUUGACGUGGCAUUUUAACGGAAGGGUAGCUUAUAGUUUGACAAACAACAAUAUCCUGCAUAUACAUUAUAGGGCUGAUGUACCUUCUUUCCAUACCAAGUUUAGCGAACGUCGCUACGAGCAGGCCCUCGAGAUUUUCUCUUGGAUGGAAUCAUGCAGCUCCCUUCGACUGUCGUCAUGGGAUCAUGCAGCAAGACUGGACUUGAUUGCUAAAGCUUACAGUACUUCUCAAGCCGAGGAAUACUACAACAAACUACAGAGCCCUGCUACCAGACAAGCAGCAUCGUUCCCGCUCCUCCAUUGCUAUGUUAUGGAAAGAGAUGUACAGAAGGCUGAAACCUUCAUGGCUCAGUUGCAGAGUCAUGGGUUGCCCGUUGAUCCUCACUCUUUCAAUGAAAUCAUGAACCUCUAUGUUGCAACAUGUUAGCAUGAGAAGGUCCUUAGUGUAAUUGACCUCAUGAAACGGAACAACAUUCACAGAAAUGUUCUCUCCUACAACCUUUGGAUGAAUGCUUGUGCUGAAGUCUCUGGUGUUGACUCGGUACAAUCAGUGUUCCAGGUGAUGUUGAAUGAUGAGACGGUCAAGGUUGGUUGGAGCACAUACUGCACAUUAGCCAACAUUUUCAGGAAGAAUGGACUGAACACUGAAGCACAAGCGUGCCUUGUGAAAGCUGAAGCAAAAUUGUCACCUACAGGGCGCUUAGGAUACUCUUUUGUAAUGACAUGUUAUGCGGCUCUGAAUGACAGCGAUGGAGUUAUGAGAAUGUGGGAGGCUAGCAAAAGUGUGCCAGGUAGAAUUCUCACUGCAUACUACAUGGCUGCUAUGUCAUGUUCAAUAAAAGUUGGCGACAUCAGCCAGGCCGAGUGUAUCUUUGGAAAGUGGGAAGCAGGGUGCAGAAAGCAUGAUGUGAGGGUUUCAAAUGUUCUUCUUGGUGCUUAUGUGAGGAAUAGGUGGAUUGAAAAGGCUGAGAGGCUCCACCUCCACAUGCUAGAGAAAGGAGCAUGUCCAAAUUACAAGACAUGGGAGAUAUUGAUGGAGGGCUAUGUUCAAAGCAGGCAAAUGGACAAAGCUGUGGGUUGCAUGAAGAAAGGUUUGUCUCUGUUGAAGAGUUGCCAUUGGAGACCUCCAGUUGAACUGAUGGAGGCCAUUGGCAAACAUUUCGAGGAGCAAGGAAGUGCUGACGAUGCAUAUCGAUAUAUUAAGGUUCUCUAGAGAUUCAACUUGACAAGCUUGCCCCUAUACAAGUCAUUGAUUCGAGCAUAUAUCAAUGCUGACGUUGUGCCACCGAAUGUCCUUGAGAUGAUUGCAAAAGAUCAUAUUGAUAUGGAUGAAGAAAUGGACCGGUUGAUCAUACUCGCUGGCAAGAUAGACAUCACAUGCAAUGGAUAGUCUUUAACUGGAACAGGUAAUCACGAGUCAAAUGAUAAAUAUACUCAUUUGACUUUGUCAAUUAGAGCUGCAAAGUGAAGCAGCAAGUUGAACCUGCA